AUGAUCAACGCUGUUCUGGUCUUCAAUAACAACGGUCAGCCGAGACUGACAAAGUUCUACUCACAACUGGAUACAGCGACACAGCAGUCUCUUCUCUCCCAAAUAUUCAGCCUCGUAUCAGCUCGACCAGCUUCCGCCUGUAACUUUCUGCCGCUUCCUCCCUUGUUGGCUCCCAGUGGCACGGGCACCAAUGCUUCGCCCGACGCACCCACCCAAAUCACGUACCGCCAUUAUGCUACCCUCUACUUCAUCUUGAUCUCGACUUCUACCGAGUCUCCUCUAGCGCUGCUCGACUUCAUCCAGGUGUUUGUCGAAGCCCUGGACAGACUGUUCGAGAACGUGUGCGAGCUGGAUCUGAUCUUCGGGUUCGAGACCUUACAUGCCGUUCUCAGCGAAAUGGUCGUUGGAGGUGUUGUCGUCGAGACCAACCUAGAUAAGAUUGUUGAAGGUGUCAGAACAACCGAGGGAGUCAAGGGCAAGAGGAAGGCCAUCAAUGCCCGCGAUUCUACCAGCUCCAUAGGGAGGGGUACGGGGUUUGCUGGUCUGAGUUGGGCUACAGGCUCAGGAAGCAGCUGGAGGUGA